AUGAUCGCAUCCCUUGCUCGUGUUCAGAGGGGCCGCCAUGGUCUCUCGGUGGCUCAAAAGGCUUUGGGUGCCAAGCGCACCCUCGCCACCCCCGCAGCUGAUGGCCGCGUCCCCACGUUCCAUUCUUCUCGAGUUCCACCAUACACAGAGCUGCUCUCCACCCUCGAGACAGUUCGAGCACAGCUCAACCGGCCCCUCACUCUCUCCGAAAAGAUUCUCUACUCGCAUCUCCGCAACCCCGAGCAGGAUUUCGCUGGUGUCGGUUCGGAUGUUUCGGCUAUUCGAGGCAAGAAGUACCUCAAGCUUAAGAUCGAUCGUUUGGCAAUGCAGGACGCUUCAGCACAGAUGGCUCUCCUCCAAUUCAUGACCUGUGGUCUUCCUCGUACCGCCAUUCCUUCCAGUGUACACUGCGACCAUCUCAUCCAGGCAUACGAGGGUGCAGAGGCCGAUCUCAAGCGUUCCAUUGCCUCGAACCAGGAGGUCUUUGCCUUCCUCGAAUCCGCUUCCAAGAAGUAUGGCAUCGAGUUCUGGGGCCCUGGCUCCGGUAUCAUCCACCAGAUCGUUCUCGAAAACUACGCAGCACCCGGUCUUCUCAUGCUCGGUACCGACUCUCACACUCCCAACGCCUCUGGUCUCGGCUGUCUCGCCAUCGGUGUCGGUGGUGCCGACGCUGUCGAUGCUAUGACCAACACUCCUUGGGAGCUCAUGGCACCCAAGGUGCUCGGCGUUCACCUCAAGGGUGAGCUCAGCCCAUGGUGCACACCCAAGGAUGUCAUCCUUCACCUCGCUGGCAAGCUCACUGUUCGUGGUGGUACAGGAAAGAUUGUCGAAUACUCAGGUCCUGGUCUUCAGACUCUCCCCGCUACCGGUCUCGCCACAAUGUCCAACAUGGGUGCCGAGGUUGGCGCUACUACUUCUGCAUUCCCCUUCACUCCUGCUAUGAGCUCUUACCUCGAGGCUACUGGUCGUGCCGAGGUUGCUCGCGCUGCUGAGCGUGCCGCUGCUCAAGGUUUCCUCUCUGCCGACCAGGGUGCCGAGUACGACCAACGCAUCGAGAUCAACUUGUCCGACCUCGAACCUUGCCUCAACGGUCCCUUCACUCCCGAUCUCAGCACUCCUCUUUCUGAAUUCGUCAACAAGGCCAAGUCCGAUGCUCGCGACCACCCUGUCGAGCUCAGCGCUGCUCUCAUCGGCAGUUGCACCAACUCUUCUUACGCCGACAUGGCUCGUUGCGCCUCCCUCGCCCAGCAGGCUCGUGACCGAGGCAUGAAGGUCAAAUCUAGCUUCGACGUUACUCCUGGUUCCGAGCAGGUCCGAGCCACCGUUGAGCGUGAUGGCAUUCAGCAGGUCUUGACCGACGUCGGUGGACGUGUUCUUGCCAACGCUUGUGGUCCUUGCAUUGGUCAGUGGAACCGAAAGCAGUUGCAGGGAGAAGACAACGUCAUCCUCACCUCCUUCAACCGUAACUUCCGUGGCCGUAACGAUGGCAACUCCAAGACCUGGAACUUGCUCGCCUCUCCCGAGAUCGUCACUGCUAUGGCCUUUGCCGGUCGCCUCGACUUCAACCCUAUGACCGACACUCUCACUGCUCCUGAUGGCAAGCCCUUCAAGUUCGAGCCCCCUCAAAGCGACGUCUUGCCCGCCAGUGGCUUCGCUCAGGGUGAUGUCGACUACCUUCCCACACCCAUGCCUGAGCCUCAACCCGACACUGAGGUCCUCAUCAGCCCCACCUCCGCUCGUCUUGAACCUCUCGAACCCUUCCCCAGCCCCUUCGCCGCCACUGCCGCCCAAGGCAAGUACGAGCUCCCCGCCAUGCGCUGUCUCCUCCGCAUCAAGGGCAAGUGCACCACCGACCACAUCUCUGCCGCCGGUCCUUGGCUCAAGUACAAGGGUCAUCUCUCCAACCUCGCCGAGAACACCCUCAUCGGAGCCACCAAUGACGAGUUCGACGCUGUCAACGUCGCCAAAGACUACGUCACCGGUCAGAAAGACACCAUCCCUGGUGUGGCCAAGGCCUACAAGUCUCGUGACCAGCCUUGGAUGAUGGUCGCCGACCACAACUACGGAGAGGGAUCUGCACGUGAGCAUGCUGCCUUGCAACCACGAUUCUACGGAUGCAACUUGAUCGUCGCACGCAGCAUUGCUAGGAUUGCAGAGACAAAUUUGAGGAAGCAGGGCGUUUUGACAUUGUUGUUCGAGAACGAGGAUGACUAUCUCAGGAUUGGAUCUGGUGAUCUUGUGGAGACGGUCAACUUGACGGAGCUGAUUAAGCCAGAAGGAGAUCUGUCAACACAGGUCAAGUUGAAGGUGACCAAGUUCGAAGAAGAUGGCAAGACUGUUAAGCAGACUUUCGAGUUGCCGACUAAGCACUCAUUGAGUGCUGCUCAUUUGGAUUGGAUCCGUGCUGGAUCUGCGCUCAACCUUAUCCGUGAGCAGGCCGCCUCUUCUUCCAGUGCUGACUCUGCUGGUGGUGUCUCUGGUGCUUUCGCUGCCGCAGCAGGUGCAGCCAAGUCAGCAGUCAACAAAGUCGCUUCUCUCGGUGGCAUUCGUGGCUACGCAACCGCAGCAGGUGGUAAGCCCACUGGAGGCUCCCGAAACCCCAACGAUCCCAACUACAUUCCCCCCGCAGCUGAUCCCCGCACAGAGUCCAUUCGCAAGAUCGUCUACCCCCCAUCGCCUUCGACCGCCCAAGACAAGGCCGCACACUCGGCCACCUCGGCAUCUGCCGUCCUUCCCUUUGGCGACGCAUCCGAAGAAAUUCACAGCACCAUCACCCGCGCUUGGCUCCUUUACCAACGUACACAGCGUGAAGAGCUCGCUGCUCGUCUCGACAAGAAGCAGGCCCGUCUCCGCGAAGCUCUUCAAGACCUUCGUGAGCAAGACCCACGAUUGUAUGCCGCAGCAACUUAUAAAGUUGCACCGAACAAAAGGUCGCCCAAGGAACACAGGAAGUUGGUGGAAUUGGGAUUGGUGACGCUGCCAGGAGCUGAGCCCAAGAAGGAUGCACCGACGGGUGCUGAGGCGAGGAGGUUGGUCAAGGCUGUUGCAGGUGGUGCUAGAUUGGAGGGGUUGUUCCCGAGGGAGAUCAGGGUUCCUACUGUUACGCCAGGGAGGAAAAUUUGGCCUGAUUACGAGCCUAGUCAGAUCCAAAGUUAG